AAUAAAAUUCAGUGUAGUUUUACACCAUUCAAACGUAGACACGUUCUUAUUUUUCCAGUAACGUAAACAAUAUUUAAAGCGAUCAAAUUCUAGUUAUCCCUAAACCAAAACAAUGUCGCGACUAGAAAAAGUGGAGAUUGCAGGCUCUUCGAAUUGGGGACAAGUUAAAGAGGUAAUGAGAGAACCCAAUGAGAAGGUGGCUGUAGUGACAGCUCGUCCCACGGAGGGAUCUGGUGGUCUUGCGGCCAGGUGGUUGGCCAUGACGGGUGCCACACCCCAACCCACUUUUCCAACGACAACUGGCAUAACCGAUGCCUUUUACUCCGAAGGAUCCUCCUCGGCCUCAUUCACCUCUGUUUCACCCAGAUCCUCCGACUCGGCUAUACCUCCUGUAGGCCGUCCCCAGUUUUCAACCGUUCUAAAGUCUUGCAACAGUAAGUUGGCUGAGCAAUGGAACAACCUAAGUACACUGGAAACUGCUCAGGGCUACCAUGCCACUCUUUCCAAUGUGUUUGAUGCAGUAGGUCGUCUUACUGCGGAAACUGCUGUCAACCUAAGAGACAAUCCCAGCGAUUCCCGGUUGUACAGGAAACUGGUAUCACAUUUAGUGGAAAUUGAGUCUAACAAGAACAUAGUGCAGUCUAAAAUAAAUGAGUUUAGGGAGGAGUCGGAGGAAGUACCUGUAUCGGAACCAAAUACAGAAAGGAACGAAUUCCAUUGACUUUCGUUCGGCGCUUUAGUCAAUUGUCAGAUAAAAGUUUUUAAAUUGUUAUAUGUAUGUAUAUUUUGUUAAUUGUAA